AUGGAGAAUGAGAUUAGGAAAGAUGUAAUAAAAGAUCAAAGACCCCAUUAUAACUUAACCAAAGAAGAAAUGAACAUUUUAAUAGAACUCAAGGAUGACAUUAACCUAAGGGUUAUGAAACCGGAUAAAGGGGGAGGUAUAGUUAUAAUGGAGAAAAAUGAGUAUGAAAGCAGGAUGAAUAAUAUCCUUUGGGACAGUAAUAAAUAUCAACAUGUAUCUAAAAAUGAGAUAAAUAUUGCUUACAACAAUAUAGAUAUAAAAUUGAAGGACAUGUUACUUGAGGGUUUAAUUAAUGGUGAGACUUUAGGUUUUUUACGGGUGGACAAACCUAAAGUACCUAUGAUAUUUGGUAUACCCAAAAUUCAUAAGAGCGAGACUGAUCCCCCUUUAAGACCUAUUGUAUCUGCUGUUGGGUCUAAAACCCAUGCUCUAACUAAAUUUGUUGAUGUUAAGUUAAAAAAAGUGUGGAUGGACAGGAAACAAAUUUUGAGGGAUUCAUGGGACCUUUUAAAAGUUAUUUCCAGUAUUAACAACAUAGAAAACAUUAUAUUUGUCACAAUAGAUGUUAUUGACUUGUUUUCCUCCAUUCAUUAUAAUGAAGAAUGCAGACAAAUUAAAGUAGGAAAGAAAAAUAUGUUUUCAGUUCCUGCUACCAGAGAUUGUGCCCCCAGUUCUGAAAGUAAUGAGAGUGGUACAAAGAAUAACUUUUCCUACCUUAAGAAGCGUCAGGUUGUAGGAAGUGGAAAUCAGAAGGCAAAGACUCAAGGAGAAGAAUGCAAAAGAAAAAAUGCGAAAAAAAAUAAUCCAGCUAAAGCAGAAGAGAAGGAAGAGGCAAAAACCUGUCUAGUUACACCAAAAGCAUUUCCAUCUUUAAGUGAUUGCCAGUAUGAGGAGCUUUUUCAAGCAGUGAUAAACAAGGCUUUGGAGGAAUGCAGAGCUGACAUUACAUCAAAACUAAAUGAAGAUAACGUCCAUCUUGUUUCCUUGUCUGGGUGUAACAGAAUUAUGGACAAAAGCUGCAUUUCAUCACAAAAUGAAGAGAAGACUUCUCAGAAAAAAGAGAUUACAAAGGCAGACGUUGAAGUCAGUCAGCAGAAGAUGAAAUAUAAAAAACAAGCCAACAAACUUACUUCUACAGAGGAGCGAAAGAAACAAGAUGGCAAGUAUAUUGCCUGGGUGCAGUGCUCUAAGAAGGACUGUGGUAAAUGGAGACGUUUACAGGAUGAUGAGGAUCCAUCUGUACUGCCUGAGGACUGGACAUGUAGUAAGAGUACAGAUCCUCAGUUUCGAGGGUGCGAUAAACCAGAGGAGACUUGGCAAGAACCUGAUGAUGCUUCUGUUUAUGCAGAAUUUGUGCCGGGGUCAAUAGUGUGGGCCAAGCUACUUGGAUAUCCAUGGUGGCCUGGAAUGGUAGAAUCAGAUCCUAACACUGGACUUUACUUCCUAUUCAGAACUCAACUUGAUAAUCGUCCUGCAAAAUACCAUGUUACAUUUUUUGAUGGUUCUGUUUCUCGAGCCUGGAUUCCUGCCUCGAUGAUAGCAAACUUUAACAAGCUUUGUCUGGACACUAUUGGAUCAAUGAGACAUGGAAAUAAAAACUACAGAACAAGAAUUUCUGCAGCUGUGAAAAUGGCAGAAAUGGCACAGAAGAUUGGCCUUCAGGAACGCAUUUCAAAAUUUGGAUUUUGUUCUCGAUAUAAUAACUGCAUAGAAAGUGAAAAUCCAUAUGAUGGCAGUGAUCUGGAAAGUUCUGGAGGAUCUGAAAUAAAAGGUGAUCAGCCGUCACGAAAGAAGUGCAGACAAAAUGAAUCCAUGAAACCUGCAAUGCAGAAAUUGCAUGUGGACAGUUAUCCUGCUGCUGCAGAGGUUGAACAACAUCAAGACAAAACUUCAGACAACCAAAAAAGCCCUGACCACCUACAAAAAGAAUGUGAUAUAUGUAAAUCUUUUAAUCCUGAGACCACUGUGGACCGUAAGAAAAAUCAGAUUUGA